UGUAGUGUAUUUUAAUUUGACACCGGUUAGUAAUUUCAGUUUUAUCAAUGGAUUAACAAUUAUUACUAUGUCAGGUGCUCUCCAUUCUUAAGCGAAUAAGAUAAUUUUGCGCUAGAUGUCAAAAAGCGUCGGAUCAAGUGUGCACAGUAAAAACGCCGGUUGUUGGUAGUUCGUAAUCAAAGAGUAGCCUGUGACUGUGUGUGUGUGUACCAAGCAAGGCAAAGCGAAUCGUAUUUGUAAAGUUGACUCAUGUGUGUAUAUCGAUCGAGUAGUAGGUGGAGGUGACUGCUAGACUGAGAGUACAACAAGCUGUAGUGCCAACUGGAUUCGGGUGCUGGCUGCCUGGGCUUUGUCUCCUCAUGUGUCCAACCCAUAACACUAAUCGACAAUGUCAGAACUGAGAACUUUAGCGCUUCUCUUAAUAUGUUUCGCUGUCAAGCCAUUAACUGCACAGUUUAAUUUCCAAAUAGAACCAACUGAAACUGUUGUAGUAUUAGGAAACCCUGUUAUAUUUAACUGUCAAGCUAACGAUGUCCAGAACAGGGGCAGUAUUUUAAUACAUUGGAAAAAGAACAAUUACCCAUUAUCGUCAUCAAGUCGUGUGUUCAUGUACGAAAAUGGCUCCUUACAUUUUACUAGCACCGAGAGGCAGGAUGAAGGCUUGUAUUCAUGUGUGGCCACUCUGCAGGAUUCGACCAGAAUCAUUGAGCUGAUUGAAAGCGUAGCUGCAAAUCUCUACUUUGCUUUCUUAGAUCCAGUAUUCUUCCACCCACAAUCCGUAGAAGCUGUUGAUCGUCAGGUGGAGCCAGUAAAUUUCCAAUGUAUAUCAGGAAGCAGUCGUCCAUUGGCAACAAUCUACUGGGAAAAAGACGGUGUGCGAUUUGACGGUGGCAUUAGCAGUCAAGCAGGAUAUGGAUCAGCAAACUCAUUAAAAACAUCUGCAACUUUACAGAUUAAUGCAGUCCAGACGAUUGAUGGAGGGAGGUAUCGUUGCGUAGUUGAGAAUGCGUUAUUGCCAAGUACAACCAUGAGAAGUACAUACGCAGAUCUUAUAGUUCAACCCAAUCCUGGUGUUCCGUACAUCAGCCAGCCUCCAAGUAGUAGAAUUGUAGCCGUAAACACAGCAGAGACGCUUCCUUGUAGAAUUGUUGGAGACCCAGCCCCAACGAUUACCUGGACCAAAGACGGAGUCACUGUUGCAGUAUUUGAUGACAUCGAGAUUUUGCCGAACGGGGACUUGUACUUCCAAACAUUACAAGAAAACAAUUCUGGACAGUACGUCUGCACAGGGACAAGUAGACUUGGGUCUGUAUCUACAGAUCCUAUUCAACUAACUGUUGCUGUGAUGCAUUGGAGCUUCGUAUCAAGUCCUGUUAAUGUAGACACUCUAGUCGGUUCGUCGGCUACGAUUAUCUGCCGUCCGCCUUACAGUGUUCCUCCAGCAAAUAUCACCUGGUAUAAAGAUAACAUAGAGUACAUACCCUCGCAAGGUGUGUCGAUCAUCAGCCCUGGUGACCUUCACUUUACUUUCGUGGAAGUGUCAGAUGAAGGGCAAUACUUCUGCACUGCAUCCAAUAGCUAUCUCCCAAGAACAGUUACAUCAUCAUCAGCUUCCUUUACUGUGAAUGUUGCUGCUAGUAUUUCAUUGCCACCAAACAUGACUGAAGUGAUCCUUGGCAAUGAUUUACAAUUGCAGUGCCUAGUAGCUGGGAAACCAACACCUGUGGUCACCUGGUAUAAGUAUGAUCAACUUCUUUCUCCAGGAAACAGGGUCACUAUUGGGAAUUCUGGUCAAUUGUUACACAUAAUAAGCAUAACUACUGUGGAUGAGGGCACAUACACAUGUCGAGCAGACAACGUCUAUGGAUCAGAGAGUACCUCAGCCUUUGUGGAUGUUAUAGCCGUCUUAAAGAAUUCUGGUCAAUUGUUACACAUAAUAAGCAUAACUACUGUGGAUGAGGGCACAUACACAUGUCGAGCAGACAACGUCUAUGGAUCAGAGAGUACCUCAGCCUUUGUGGAUGUUAUAGUUGCUCCACAGAUCAGUGUAGCCCCAGGCAAUGUGACCGGUAGCGAGUUUGGCUCUAUCAUAAUUCCAUGUGAGGUGACCGGUGACCCAAAACCUGAUAUAAUGUGGCUGAAGGAUGGACUUGAGUUGACCAUCUUGCCUAAUGAUCCUCAUUACCAGCUGACCAAUCAAGGCCUACUCAUUAGUGAUCUACAUGUAGUGGAUGAGGGUUCAUAUACCUGCAUUGCUGUCAAUCAGGCUGGUAGUGUACAGAGCCCUGGGCAGCUCAUUAUUGAAGUGGCACCAAUUAUUGUUGCGCCACCCGCCAAUCAGACGGUCAACGAUGGCUCGUUUCUUUACUUUCAAUGUGAAGCUGAGGGUAACCCACCACCAAAUUAUGAGUGGCGUUUUAAUGGCCGGCCGAUACCAUCAUGGGCAACAGUUUCUUUAAACGGUGACAUAGUAACAAUACAAUUUGCGUCGAUAGAACAGGUUGGGAAGUACUCGUGUAGAGCCUACAACCGACAGGGACAGGCUGAAGCUCAUGCUUACCUAACUGUUGAAACCUCCCCUGUGGUUUCAACCAUCAAUGACAUCGAGGUAGUGAGCGGUAGUGAAAUCAGGGUGUCUUGUUACGCCGCAGGCUUUCCUGCACCCCUCUUCAGUUGGCUGAAAAAUGGUCAUGCUUUGUUGCCAAGUAGCAAAGUCAGAUUCCCAUCAAGUAACUCACUUUUUGUGUCUAAUGCACAAAACUCUGACCAGGGUACUUACAUGUGUGUAGCUUCGAAUGGAAUUGGCAGUGACAGGGACAGCUUCUACAUAUCGGUUGUAGCCAAGCCUGGCCCACCGCAGAUUCAGGUGGUAGUUGCUGUGAAUCACAUGUCUGUUAAUCUGACUUGGGUGCCUACUGGCGAUGUGACAGAUUCUAAGCAAUACACUGUACAGUACAAGCAAAUUAUAUCUGCUUUAUGGGUGACCUAUGCUGACAAUAUAGUAUCAACACCUGGUAUCCAGAGCUACGUCGUCAGUGGAUUAAUAGAGUCCCAGACUUACAUGUUCCGUGUGUUUGCAAAGAACAGCAUCUCUGUUUCUAAUCCUAGCACUGUAGCCACCUUUAUGACACCAUCAGUUUCAGGCCCCUCUGCACCUAGAAACUUACAGGUGCGUUCAGGCAACUCAUCAGCUGUUGCUCUCACUUGGGAGAUUCCUUCAACAAGAUAUGCUCCGAUUCACAAGUAUGAGGUCAACUAUUAUCCAAGUUUAACAAUGACAGAUCAAAAGGUAGUUGAAAUUGCUGGAGGCGUUGAGCCAACUGUAGAAGAAACCAUAACAGGACUGAUGGCGGGGACGAGCUAUUCUUUUCGAGUGCGAGCUUCAACCGUGACAGCGGGCCUGGAGCAGUGGGGUGACUACUCAAUUGUGACUAUGUUCACCACUAGCCCAGCUCCUCCUGCUGUUUCCCCAUCCAAUAUUGGUCUUCUCAGCACCUCGCCAACUACUAUCAAACUUACUUGGACCGAAAUCCCAGCAAUGUUCUUAUCUGAACCGUUACUUGGUUACAACAUUGAGUACAGCACUAGUGCUAUUACCAAGACCUUAAGAUUGUCAGGCGUCACUACAAAGGCAACAUUGACAAACUUGCAACACUAUACUUUGUACACGAUUCGGAUCCAGGGUUUUAGUGAAUCUGGAUUUGGACCAUAUAGCUCUCCGAUGACAGUACAAACACUACCUGGAGCACCCUCAUCAGCACCGACUGCUUUAACUGCAAGUGCUACCAGUCAGACAAGUCUCCAAGUCUCAUGGAAUGGUGUUUCUGAGGCCACAGGUAAUGGCCCUUUGUCUGGUUACAUUGUGCACUACCAACACCUUUUGGACCAGGUUUUGUUCAACAUCACUGUACGUGCUCCACAAACCUCCACCAAUAUCUCAGGACUGCAAGCUGGCAACAGUUACAUAUUGCAAGUUUCAGCAUACAACCAAGUUGGAACUAGAAUUGUAGAGGGGCCAAGAACAGAGUCCAUAACAGCUACCACAAUGGAUGGAAUUCCUGGUCCAGUGCGUAAUGUAGCAGCUACACCUGGCCCAACAUUUCUUGUGAUACGAUGGUGGUCACCUGAACAAAAUAAUGGUGAAAUAUUGGAUUAUACUUUAGAGUACAAACGUAUAAAACCAACAAUAGCUAAUAGACAAGGGUCUUUGAACCAGCAGAUUGUAUGGGCCAAUGCUACUUCUGGUGUCAUAGUGACAAAUGGGCUGGUAUAUAAAUUGGAAGGUCUACUGCCUAACAGCACUUAUAGGGUGUCCAUCAAAGCUAGGACAUCAGCAGGCCUAGCUGAGGAGGCAAUUGUCAAUGAUUUCACAACAGGUGAAAUAGCUGUUACUGCAGCACCGUCGGGGCUUCCUCCCUCCUCUACUACUCCAGAUAGUGGUAUUAACAUACCAGCAACAGAUUCAGCACAAGAAGAAAACACAUCCCCACUUAGCUUCCCUAACAAGACAAGUUUGAUCAUAUUCAUUUGCUGUGUGGUGUUAGCUGGGGUGGCCUUUGCAAUGGCCGCUGUUGUGCUCCUUGUAUGGUGCAAAUCUUUGGAGGACAACAACUUGAAGCGAAAGUCAGCAUCAUUUUUGUUACCCAAUGAACAGCUUUCAGGUGGGGGAAGCAGUGCAGCUAGUGACCAUGUUGCCAUGACAACACAGUUAUCCACCUCUGGUAUUUCUACUAUAACUCAAGGUAGAACGGAUGUUCAAUUUGUAGAGCCUUUCACCCCAGAAAGUAAACCUGUUGUCGCCACUAGUCCUACACCCACCACAAAUGGACAUCAGAGACAUUUCCAGACAAUGACCCCUCAACCUGUCUCUUAUACACAUCUAGAUGUGUAUAAGAGACAGUUUAUACUGUAG